CGGGAAUGAGGAGGCGAAGCGCGGGUGCCCAGAGAGGAAGCGGAAAUGCGUGUUGGUAUUAAAGGCGUCGCCCCGCCCCUUCCGCUCCUCUUUCGGUCUCCGACUGCCGCUGCGAGAGAAGCUCCCGCCAUGUCUGCCCACCUGCAAUGGAUGGUCAUCCGGAACUGCUCCAGUUUCCUGAUCAAAAGGAACAAGCAGACGUACAGCACCGAACCUAAUAAUCUGAAGGCCCGCAACUCCUUUCGCUACAACGGGCUGAUUCACCGCAAGACGGUGGGCGUGGAGCCAGCGGCCGAUGGCAAAGGCGUGGUGGUCAUCAUGAAACGGAGAUCGGGCCAACGAAAGCCAGCCACCUCCUAUGUGCGGACCACCAUCAACAAGAAUGCCCGGGCCACGCUGAGCAGCAUCCGGCACAUGAUCCGCAAGAACAAGUACCGCCCAGACCUGCGCAUGGCCGCCAUCCGCAGGGCCAGCGCCAUCCUGCGCAGCCAGAAGCCCGUGAUGGUGAAGAGGAAGCGGGCCCGCCCCACCAAGAGCUCCUGAGCACCCCCAACCCCCACCCCAAACAAUAAAGGUAUCAGCCAACUUCCUUCAA